GCAAAGUAAAGACGGAGGUGUCUCUCUUGUCGACAGGAGGAGGCUGAGUCACCUGGACACUCGUGAACUUGCAGCAGCGACGAAUUUCAUGCGCAGCUCAAACCAGACACACAUGGAUGUCAGGAGGAGGAGGCCCAAUGAUGCUGCCCACUUCGGUCUACUCGGCUUCAGCACCCAAUAGUCACGUCAGCCAGCUGAGCAGGUACUUCAGCAGCCACCACAACACGCCUGAAGAGGACGAUGAGACGAUGAGCACCGAGGAGCGAGAAGCCAGUGUCGUCCACAAGCCAGACUCCGCCCCUAACCCGGAUGGCCACCGCCCCCAUCUGGAGCCCGCCUCAUUUGCUGAUGACUCCCUGUUCAGCAGACAGAGACUGGAUGGAGAACAAGGACACAAGCACAACCACACUCUCCCUCCACCUAGCUCCAGCUACUGCUCCUACCCGCCUUCCCGCAGCUUCCCAGCUGGGUUCAGCCAGCCCACUCCGUUCCCAAGCCAGGCCAACGGCGCCUGGCUCCACCCGAGCUUUGCCAGCAGCUGGUCGGGGUAUCCCAACAGCCUGCCAUCCACUCUGAACCAGAAAGAUUACUCCAGCUGCUCUGGAGAUAGCUGCCUGUCAGGGUACAAGUUCUCAUCCUUUCCUGGCAGACACAGCGCCAGUAUAACCAGCUUAGAGCAGCCGCUCUCUCUGUGCUCCAACCCGCCUUCAGGCAACCUGUGCCACCACACGCUGUCGCCGUACUCGUGUUCACCCCAGGGAGCUGCCUGCUGUGCUCAGCGCCCUGCGGACGGCUUCAACAGGGGGCUUUUGGCCAACAAACACCCCUGGCCUCAGUACCACCCAGCUUACGGCCCAUACUAUCCAGAUGCCUGUGGACAUCCUGGAACUGGAUACAGUCAAAUCAGCCACAACGCUCCUGCUAAAGAGAAGCACCCCCCUAGCACAUCACUCUCUCUGGAGCAGAGAAGGGUCUUUGUCACUUAUGAAGCAGACAACGACAAGCAUGUCAAUGAGGUCAUCAACUUUGUUGCCCUGCUGCGACACAACGGCUUUGACACACAUAUUGAUAUUUUUGAGCAGCAGUUCAGGAGUAUAAGCAAGAUAGACUUCAUGGAGCGGUAUCUCACUGAGAAAGAGUACUUGAUCAUCAUCAUCAUCAGUCCCAAGUACUACGACACUGUGACGGCCUCCCCUGUCGGCCUGCAGAAUGACGAGAGGACCUUUAACACCGUCUACAUACAUAAACAGCUCCAGAGUGAGUUCAUUCAGAAUGGAAGCAAGAAUUUCAGGUUUAUUCCCAUUGUGUUCCCCGGGGCUAAAAAGUGUCACGUCCCAAACUGGCUCCAAAACACACAUGUUUACGAAUGGCCGCUCCAUCGGGAUGACAUCCUGCGCCGGCUGAUGAGGGUGGAGAAGUACAAUCCACCUCCUAUUGGGGAACUACCGACCAUCGUUUCUAUCCCAUUAUAGAGACCUCUGACCUGAAGACAGACUGGACUGAAAUGUUUGGGAAAAAAAAGCAUGCUUUCUGCAGGACUGCUGGCCAUCGUUGAGGUGAACGGGGAGACGUGCAGGAUGUUUAUGUGAUGUUCAGUGUGCCGUGCGAACAUUGAUUAUGUUGCAUAAAUUCAUUUAGCGCCUUUUAAAUUCCACAUAAAUCACAGACAGGUGUCAGUGGAGGUACACCGAAGAGCUCUUUGAUCUCUGCAACUAGUAGGUGCGCUUUGAUUUUUACUGGUGCUACUCCAAGUUAAUUACUUAUACAGUAAUUCAUGACUCGCACACAUGUAAAUGGACGUUUUCUCAGAUUUUAUGGACUCACAUGUGCACGUGUUUUAUAAUUAAACAGAUGACAGAUAUGAUGAAUAGUCUGAUGCCUGUAUAUAUUUGCAGAAUGGCCAGUAGAGCUUUCAUUUAUGGGAAGUAAACAAUGAUGGAUACGAUGCCUCCGCCAUGUUAUCUUUCUUAUUACAGUGUCUAUCUAAUGCAAACAGCUGCCCAACUGGAGGCGGGUUACUCUUGUAUUUUGAAGAGUAAAAGUAACAUAUGAUGCCUAAAAACAAACUUUGUUUUUUAUAAAACUUGGUGCAUGGCAAAUAUCGUUUAAUAUGGAGGUAAUUAUACAUUUAUAUAUUAAAUUAUAGACAAUAUUAGUGUUUUUAUCCACAAGGGGUUUUAUAUUGACAAAGUGCUGAUUUCCUGAAUGCUGAAAAAGCCACAUUAUUUUUAGCCCGUUUCCGAUAAACACAAGCCGCUCGUUUAACAUGAGAGCAGUUGUAAUGUUACUUGACAGAAAAGAUUGUUUAAGUUUGUCUGCAAGUUUAUUUUCACAGAAACCAACCUAGAGCAACAUAUAAUUAUGUGAAUCACACAUGGUUUGUUGAAAUAAAUCUGGUAUGUUAGUGUAGAAAUUACAUGGUUGCACUGAAAACGUUCUUGGGGGAUUCAUGUAAAAAUAUUGUAAAAAAAAAAAUGUUCUCAUUAAA